UCAGCCUACGCCACCGAGUCUUUCUGUGCCCCCGUUCUCUGUAUUUUGUGAGCUACGUAUAUCCAUACAACGUUCAUAGAAUGGCUGCGUCCACCAUGUCAAGGGCAUCGUCGUUUGGUCAUUAUCUUCUUCCUUUGACGAUGAACAAAGGUCAUAUCAAUGCCAAACAAGCCGAGUAUCACAUCGAAGUGAAAACAAAGUACCUUAACAUUAAGAAACAUCGACCAGAGAGGCAUGCCCUCAGAAACCUCCUUGGAAUACUUCAUUUCCGGCUGGGUAAGUUUAAUGAAUCGUUGAACUUCUUUGACAAGAUAUUGUCUGACGGGGAAGACCCCAAGAAUUUGAACGCGCUGGCAAAUCGAAAGUACAUCUGCGAUAAGUUAUACAGAAUUCCAGAGUCCCGAGACUGUGAAAAGAAGAUGUCCGAAUUGCUACCUGACGACUACCAGAAUGAAGGUGGGGAAAGCCGACUUCGUCGAGCGCGUAGUAUUGCUGAACAAGCCUUCGCCUAUUCGUUUGAUGUUUACGAUUGGUCAGUGACGACGGAAAGAUACCGAACCUCGGUGAAGCUUUACGAUGAAGCAUUUGAACUUGCAGGAGACUCAUUGGCUCAAGAUGAGAGGGAAGAUUGGAUGACAAGUAAGGGUAUGGCUUGUCAUAAGAUCUUCAAUAAAGUCAAAUGGGACAAGUCACUGAAGGAAGAAGCUCAAACUUGGCUUGGGAAAAUGGCUAAUAUAUUUAUUCAGAUUGUACAAGAAACGGAUGAUAAUAGCUUGGCAAGCGAAGGCUGGCGACAGUUGGGGGAGAUCUUUCAACAGGCAAAGUCACGUUAUUUUAAUCCAAUACAAGUCCCGGAUUCCUUGAAAAAAUAUUUAUCGACGCCAGGUAACUGUUUUAAGAGAGCUCUCCAUUACACACCGAACGAUCCCAGACUUUUGGCUAGAUUCGCCAAUUUCUUGAGAAAGAUCCGUAACAAAGAGGAAGCAUUGGAGACAGUAAGCCAAUCAAUCAAACUGGACGAAUCUGUGUUUAACUAUUUUGCAUACUCAGUUCGUGGACAAAUCUUCCUUCAGGAUUAUGAAAAACAGAAACGUAUGAGUGCACUCGAAAAUGCUCGAAAUGACUUUGAGAAAGCGUCGAAAAUUCAAUCGUCGCCCAUGGACUUGGAAAACUUAGCCCAGGUGUAUUACCACAUGGCAACCGAUUGCCAUGGAAUUGUAGAAGCGGGACUUCGUGAUGAACAGACGUACCACCAAAAAGCCCUCACUACUUGUGCUAGGGCUGCUGCCUGCCAGGACGGCGAACAACGUUCCCUUGUUCAUAAGAUUCGUGGUCUGUGUCUUCGUGCUUUAGGUGAACACCAGCAUGCAUUGAGAAGUUUCAAGCGCGCCGUCGAAUGUGAACUUUCUUAUAAUUGGUUCUCAGAUUCUGGAAAAUGCCUCAUUUCAGAAUACGCCAGUGUUUUGAAGGACAUGACUGGUGGCAAAUCCUCAUGUUCUCAGACACUGUUUGCUGACAUGGUCUACUGGCUGCACAAGGCUGCCAAAACCUAUCUCAUGAAUCCUCACAGGAUAGGUUCAUUGGACGUACAAAGCCAUCUUGCUCCCAACUGGGAAAACUUUGUAAAGUAUUGCGUAGAUAACGAUAACACCAGUGAACUUGAAGACAUCCAGGAAGCGUCACUUUAUCCUGAUCAGAGAAGGCGUACAGAUGAAGAAUCACACCUUCCUACAUCAAUGUGUCCUCCGCAAAGCGUCAUCGAAGAAGCAAGUGGGACUAGUUGUUUUGUUUCUAUAGAAGACCAAAACCCUCAUGCCCCGAUUGAGGCUGCCAAAGGUACUGUGUAUCAGCCACCCCAAAAACGUCGUACACAAACAGUCGUCGGAGAAGGAAGUGUGUGUAGAGAGGUAUCUGAAGACCAUAAACCCCAUGCCAACAUAGAAGGUACCAAAGCCACUGCUUAUAAACCACCCCAUAUGCGUCGUGCACUAAGCAUCGCCAACGAAGCACGUGGGGCUACAGAGGAAACAUCUGACGACUAUCAGACGCAACUCCAAGUUGAGUCUAGCACCGAUUCCUUGUCUGCGUUAGACCUUGGUGGGAACAAGACAUCAUCCCAAGCAAAACCAGUAACAUUGACCGUGAAUCUCCAAACCGGCAAGACGCAGAUCGUUAACCUUACAUCGUCGUCUCAAAAAUGGACCUCCAAGGAUGUUUCAAAGAAACCUAUCAGAUCAGCACCUGAAAAGGCUUUGAACCACAACUUUCAAAAUGACUUCUUAGUCUUACACAGUAGCAGUGCGUCUGAGUGGGUAAUUAGAUGUCUAUUGGAGGAACUUGAGGAGAGCAAUCUAAAAGGAUGCAUCAAAGAUCGUGAUUUCAUGGUCGGCAAAACGAAGCUCGCUAACUACACAGACAGCAUAGCGAACAGCGCCUGUGUUAUUAUAGUCAUUACACAAGAUUUCGCACAUGAUGGUUGGUGCAACAGCAGUAUGCUUAUGGCAAUCGAACAAAAGAAGUUGUUGGUUCCUGUUCUAAGAGAAGGCACCAAGCUCCCUAUGUUCCUAAAUACCCUCACCCAUCUUGAUGCAACCGGAGCUGUGAACUGGGAGCUACUCAAAAGGAGCAUUGAGCAACAAAUAAGGCUGGGCGAUGCUUAAGGAGACAGUACUGUUGUGAGUUCAACACGAGACAUUAAUUGCUUUAUUAUAGACGAAUAUAGUGUGAUAAGAGGAGAGACUUUAGUACUGAGAUUUCGUUUAAUGUGGAGUAAAACCAUUGUCAGUAGGACGUUUGCUAACAAACUGUCAAAGAAUCGGUUACAAAUCUCAAAAGUUGUAAGUUCCAAAUUGAGACCUAGCCAAUAAGCAAGGAUAUUUUCAAAUUACCCUGGAAAGAUUUGUUUUCUGUAAAAAUUCCACCAAUGAAUUGUAAUCAGUUGUCGUUGCUAAUAGCUGAUCCUAGCUGAAUCAGAUGGCUUCCAGAAGGCUUGACGGGUUGCACUUUGUUUUAUUUAGUCUAAAGCUUCAACAGGCAAAAGGAUUAUGUUCAAAAAGGCGAGAACAUUACACAAUAUUCUAAAACUGGCUGUUUGAAACAGUACGACGACGCAAGCGUGUGCGUAGAUUCUGAUGGUGAAAAGUUAAACAGUGUAGUUAACAUAUGGUUUUUUUUUUACAAGGAAGGGGUUUGGUUGCUUUAACAGAUUUACGUCGAUUUAUGUGUGUUGUUUGAAUACCAUUUAGACACUGUGAUGGGUUUAUUUGAUGGUUUUACGCUUUAGUUGUGGAACCUUUUAGAUUUGUUUGUUUGGUUUUACAUAAAAUCUUAUAUUUGAUUUUCUCUUAGGUUACAGAGUUUACGAGCUCACAAUCUUUUAAAUAAAGUAAGCUUUUCUUAAGUGACUUUUUGUAACCAUUUAAGCCCGGUUCAUACUUCCUACGAAUGCGAAUGCGAUACGAAUGUUGACGUCACAAAUUCGCAA